AGCCCAGCAGAAAAGUAUCGUCAUCACUGCCAUCCCGCGAGGCAUUGUUCGAACGCCACGAUUUCGCACGCGAUCCCGUUCGUGAAAUCAGCGUCGUCGAGUCCCUCCAAAUCUCCUCCAAGGGCCAUGAACCGCGAACGAGGCGAUGCCGCCGAGCCCAUCAACAAGUCCGGCGGAGACUCCUCCUUGGCGUCCACGUCACGCUGCGGCACCCCGAUGCCGCCCCGCAAGCGGCGCUCGGCGUCCAAAAAGGAAGAUCUGGACCCGCGACGGAUCGUCCUCUCCUGGAUCAGGAAUCAGAUCGGCAGCAUCCAGCCCUGGAGGCCCUUCCUGGACACGGCGAAGCUCUCGGUCCCCAAGACUGCCCAGGAGCUCGGGCACCGGGUCCAUUCCAACCUGGAGAAGUACCGUAGCAACUACGAACUCGUCUUCGUGGCGUUCUUCGUCUGUUGCGUCUUGGCGUCGCCGGGGCUCUUCGUGGGCGUCGUCGGCUGUGCGGGACUCUGCUGGGUCCUCAAGGUGCACCAGGACGACGAGUCCGCGCCGAUUCUCAAUACGGGAGUUGUCUUGACGAAGGCGCAGCGCGCCGCAUGCGCGGCGUCCGUUGUCUUGCCCAUCCUGUACGUGGCCGAUGGCUGGACUGCGGCGGUCUGGUCCCUGGCGGCUUGCGUCCUGGUCAGUCUGCUCCACGCCGGCUUUCACGAGGCUGCCGUAAGCCAGGAGAGCCAACUCGAAGACAUACCCGAAGAAGCCGAUCUGGCGCCUUUGUAA